GGAGGAGGAGGAGGAGCAGCUGCGUCAGAGCUGUUUGUGCCGAGCAUCGUAGAGGAGCAUCAUCACAGACCAUCAUCAUCAUCAGCGGCUUGUUUACAGGCCCACCUGCAGCCUCCUUCAUCAUGACUAAAGAGGAGAAUCUGCAGGAGCAGGAGAAGGAGAGACACAACCAAGAGGAGCAGGAGGAGGGCCGGGUUCAGAGAGACGAGGAGGAGGCGCAGACUGAAGAGGACGAGGAGGACGAGGAGGAAGAAGAGGAGGAAUAUGAGUUAGAGGAGGAGAGGGCGGAGGUGGAGGAUGAGGAAGAGGCUGAGCAGGAAGAGGAGCGGGAGGAUCAGGAGGUUGAGGAGGAGCAGGAUCCGCCGGCUGAACCAGUGCAGGAGCCGACCCCCGUGUCCGAGUUCCAGAGUCCAGUUGAUGAGCCGCCCCGCCGGGCCAUGGUGCACCCCUCAGCCCAGGCGCCGCUGCCCAAAGACUACGGGUUCACCUUCUUUGACCCAAAUGACCCGGCCUGUCAGGAGAUCCUCAUGGACCCGCGGACCACUGUCCCUGAGCUCUUCGCCAUUGUCCGUCAGUGGGUUCCUCAGGUGCAGCACAAGAUUGACGUCAUUGGGAACGAGACUGGAACUCUGAGGUUCUGUGGAACCACAGAGUUUGCAAGUGGUCAGUGGGUCGGAGUGGAGCUGGACGAGCCUGAGGGAAAGAACGACGGCAUUGUGGGCGGAGUCCGUUACUUCAUCUGCCCUCCUAAACUUGGCAUCUUUGCACCAGUUUCAAAGAUUUCCAAGGCUGUGGAGCAGACUCCUUCAUCUGUCACCUCCACCCCCCGGACCCCUCGCAUGGACCUGGCAUCUCGCCUGGCUGGAAAAACCAAGAAGGCGAAAGAGAAAAAGGAGAAAGAGAGAGAGAAAGCCCAGAGGAAGAAGUCCACAGUGAACCUGGAUCCAGACGGAACAAACGUGGAGGUUGGAGACCAGGUUUUGGUGGCCGGUCAGAAACACGGCAUUGUUCGCUUCUUUGGCAAAACAGACUUUGCUCCAGGGUACUGGUUCGGAAUCGAGCUGGAUCAGCCCACUGGGAAACACGACGGCUCAGUGUUUGGGGUCCGAUACUUCAGCUGCCUGCCCAAAUAUGGAGUGUUUGCUCCACCUUCCCGUGUCCAGAGGACUGGAGGACCUAAAGACGGUUCACAAAACGAUAACUGUAUGGUGAAGAAGGUCCACCAGGUCUCCAUGUCACAGCCCAAGAGAAACUUCAACACAAUGCGAUCUCCUAAAGACCUGACCUCCGAGAACUCCAUAUCCAGGCUCCUGUUCUGCUGUUGGUUUCCGUGGAUGCUUCGUGCGGAGAUGCAGACCUAACCACGUCCCUCCUUUCCUCCUGUACUCCUCCGCUGGACCGUUCUCUCUGCUCUACUUUCUCUCCGUUGUCCCUGAAGCUCCUGAGACGUUCCAGCUCCUCGUGGUGACGCCUCCUCCAACCUCCCCUGAUUUAGCCGUUCUGUUGAAGAUCUAUAGUGCCUUGUAUCUGACCCGACAUCCUGCAUUCCUCCGACUAACGAGUCUGAAUCCCCUGAACCGGUUGUUUCUCUUGAACCGGUGUUGGUCCGGCUUCGUGUUGUAGACAAACAUCGUUUCUUUUGUGCUUCGUGGUUUCUUUCUGCUGCCGCCAGGUUUGGGUCGGACAGAUGAGAAAAGCUCAGCUCCUGAACCCUGAAAUCUUCUCUACAUGAAAACCCGAACAGAUUUGUUCGUGAGCCGACCCGGUCCUGCAGCAGGACGAGCGUCUGGGCUCUGGGGGUCCUGCAGACCAGCGUUCAGGGUUUAGGAUUUGUUUGUUGGACCCAGUUCAGACAUCUGCUUCCUCACAGUCCUUGGAGUCCUUCAUCAAAAUGGGACCAUCAUUUAAAACUGAAGUCCUUCAUGUUUUAAUAUCUGAAGUUGAAACAGGGUCAAUCAUCUAGAACUCUUAUUUUUAGCUGUGAGUGACCAAAAACUGGUUCCCGUCCUCUUCAAAUAUUAAUUUCACAUAAAAAUUUCAGCACAUUUUCCACCGAACGUGAGAGCACAGCUGGAUUCUGAUUCAUCCUGAUCUUUGGGAGAAAAUUAAACAAUCAGUUCGUGUAGUUUAUAGAAACUAAACAAUAUAAAACAGGUAAAUAUUUAAUCCUUGUAGACGCAAAGUGCAGAUUUUAGAUUCAUGAAAAGCUGCAAACAGAACCUGAUGUAAACCAAAACAGCUGACUGACCCAAACUGAUGUUUUCCUCUGGUGCAAACAGCUGAAACGUUUAAAGUGAGUUUGGUUUCUGUCUGGGAACAUCAGCCGAACACAAACUUAACCUAGCUUAAUGCUAAAAACAGCUAAAUGUUAGCGGAGUAUUUAUCUCAGAAGUAAACAAACUGUCCAGACUGACGUGACGAGGCGACGCUCGGUCACAGCUGGGUUUAAGACGAGGAGCCAUUUUGGUUUCAGCUGGAGAGGAGCAGAGCGACUGAAACUAAAUCAACAGGAAGUUUGUCUUCUAUCAUCCGUGACAAAAUUUAAAACCUUGAAAUUCAUGUGUUUAUAUUUUUAUGACUUUUUUUAAAGUUAAAAAAAACAUUUUUGUUUUAAGAUAAAUCCUUCAGAACUGUUUCAAACUGAUUUGUUUCAGUAGAAUGAAGUUAUUGUAAUUCACCUCCAGCUUGGUGUUAAAGAACUCUAAAUAACCGCACGUUCCGAGUGUAAUUCCAUUUCAGAGACUAAUAUGAACAUUUCCAGUUUAAAACCUCUGAAUCUUUUUAUUUCAGCCUCUCAGAGCUCCCCUGACGUCGUGAACGUCAGGAUCACACUGAGCUGAGACUGUUUGUGACAAACUGCAAAAAGCUCGUGAGUCACGUCACGCCGGAGUUUUAAACAUGUUUAAAACACGUCGCCGUUACGUUCGUUUGCAAGUGUACCGAGUCGCUGACAGUCCAAGUCGGUUUUUAUUAUCUUUACAGUUUUAUGUCUCUGACCCGGUUUUGGUUUAAGUCGAGGGAUGAUGCGACAACAUGUUGAAACAAGCUGACCUCUCAUAAGCCCUGAUCUCCAGUAAACUGAAACGAGCAGCUCAGAUCUGAGCGAGCUUCAAGCGGUGGUUGAAAUUUGAAACAGAUCAGUUUCUGUUUUUUAUUUCUUCGUUCCUGCAGCCUCGGCUCAAAGACGUCGUGGAUAAACGUUGUUUGUGCUCGUGGAAAAAGCUUUAACUGUAAACCGUUAAUAACCUCCACAGCUUCUGCUUGUUAAUUACAGAGAAUCAAUCAGCUGCAGUGUUUAAAGAUGAGCAUCGGAAUAAGAUUUAUUAUCAUUGAACCAAAAUACAGAGAGAUUAUGUUCGUGCAGUCGUCAGAAAGAUGGGCGGAGUGCACGUUGCUGCUGCUACUGGAGAGAUUUGAUAAGUCGGCCUGCUUUCAAGGCCAACCGGGAAGUCAGAUUCAGAUAAGACACAAUUGUUGAUUUUUUUCAGGCAGA